CCAGCACGUGAAAAAAGCGCCUACAGUUUACUGUGGGAUCAGGACAAAAAGGAGCGACACACUUCAGCACAGACGUGCGGCAGAAGUAAUCCCUCCAUAAAGCGGACUCAGCACAGCAGCAGAGAAACAGACGGAAGUGGAACAGUUUGAAUGUUUUCUUCUCUCCUGACAUCCGUGGAGCGCAGGAGCGGGGGAGACGCCGGUGCGCUCCGCGAUGUCAGCCGCUGUUAAUGAUAGGGAUGGGAAGAGGAGAGGGUGCUUCGUUUGCAGACGUCGCCUCGCAUGUUUGUGUAACGGACAAUUAAUUGUUACCUGAAGAUAACUGGGCAGCACUUGUGGAAAGGGAAGUGCGAGGAGUGUUUUGGUGCCAGCUUUAGAAAAGCUGCUGGGAGCAGCCGGUGGAUGUGGCACCAUGGGGAUAAAGACAAGACUCCAAGCCAUGCUGAUGUUAUUGUGGAUCAUUCAAGGUGACACAAAGAAGGUGGAGUUCCCCAGAAAAGAGAUGGAGGUGGUACAAGGCCAGAUGGUGGUGUUACAAGCGUGGUACAGCCCCAGCGCAGACAUUUCCAAAAACUCUGUCAUUUGGUACUUCUCUGGGAACGAGUCCAAGCAGGUGAUAAACUUUAGCUCAGGUGAGGUCGGACACGGUCAGAACGAGUUCACAAAAAGAGUGGGCUUCAGUGUGGCCAUGCCCUCGACCAACCUCUCCAUCUACAUCAAUAACACCCAGGAAUCCGACUCUGGUCGCUACACGUGUAUUGUCAUCAUCCCCGGAGCUCCUGGCAUUUCUGGGGAGAUGAGCCUUAAUGUCAAAGUCCCUCCUUCUCCCCCAGUGUGCACCAUGACAGGGAACCCAGUGAUGAAGGGCAAUGUGACUCUGAGCUGUAAGUCCAGUCAUGGAAAGCCUGUCCCUCAGUACAAAUGGACCAAGGCUGCACCCAUGUCUGAGGUCUUCUUCUCUCCAAUGCAGAAUGAGAGACACGGUACCCUCAGGCUGAGCAACCUCACUAAAAGCAUGUCAGGGAAGUACAUCUGUCGAGCCAGCAACACCGCCGGCUCCGACAGCUGCUCCAUUAACCUGGAGGUUUUCACCUCUUCCAACGCAGGUGUGAUUACAGCAGCUACUCUGGGGUCAGUGGUGGGACUGGUGGCCAUGGUGCUGUUUCUCAUAUUCAUACUGAGGAGGAGAGGGGACACAGAGGAGGAGAUAGCCAAUGAAAUCAAGGAGGACGCUCAGGCACCAAAGCGAGUGUCAUGGGCAAAGAGCAACACAGGCUCAGAUGGUAUGUCCAAGAAUGGCACGUUAUCCUCCAUAGCCACCAGCCCUCAACCACGAGACCCCCAUCAGCCCAACUUCCACUAUCCGUACUCCCCGAUAUCAGCUUCAGACGCGAGCUCAGUGAUCAACGCCUACCAGCUGCGCCCUGGAGAAGCCAAUACCUUACAAGGGCUUCCUGGCUACAACAUCGGAGGCACGCCGUCGGGUAAACAUAGGCGGCCUCCGAGUGCAAACGGGGCUCCUUCGCAGGUUCUCAGGAGCCCUGCGGUCACCAACCCCAAAAGAACUGAGGGGGCGCAGCCUCAGAUUGCACCUCCACUCACUGUGUCCCCACAAGUUAGUUCCUCCACUCUGACACGCAUGGGAGCUGUUGCUGUCAUGGUGCCUGCUCAAAGCCAGGCUGGAUCACUGGUGUAACGGCGUGGGAAGCAAAGGACAGAGAAUCCCUCGCAGUGAAGCGCCCUUUCUCGGUGAAGGCCUGAUAGGUUGAGAGAGAAGGAAAAACACAUGCUUCACUGGAACAAACUCUUCCUUCGGUUUGUUGACGAACCAGUGCAGCGUUCUUCAUUUCAGUUUUCUUUUAAAUGCUGCGAUCAGGCUCAUUAAAGAGAAAUAUAUUUUUAUUUCCAUGCUUAGAACGAAAAGAAGUGUUGAUUUUACGUAGCAGCAUACAGUGAUAUUGUAAACCGUAGCAAGCAGGAUGGUUUACUUGCAAUUGUCGUGCAAUGUUUUGGCUACAUUUCUAUGAUUUCUACAACUUCAUUGUAAAGAGAUUUUUCUAAUUUCAUUUUUAUGUUAUUUUACCUGGAUGUGUAAAGUUCACUUUUCUCAGGCUAACUGCACUCGUUCAGAGCAAAAACACACAAUUCAGACACUGAAAAUAGUUUCUAGAGUUUCACAUUUCUGGCCCACAUUCAUGUUCACAUCAAGAAACAGUUUCAGUGUGGGUUGAAGACUGAUAAGGACUCAAAACUUGAUGAUUUUGCUUGUUAUGGUAGCUGGAAUGUAACCAAAGUAGUGAGUAUAAGUGUUAAAGGCGAUGGUUUCUGACUAUUUUGCUUAAAAUUGUUGAGUAUAACAAGCUUACUGCAAACAUAUGGCAGAGCCAGUAGUGGAGACCGCUCAAGAAAGCGUCCAUCUUCGAUAUCUGACCAAUGUUUUCUGCUUGUUUGUUUUCAUGAUUUCAAUUACACUGAACUCUGGAGAUAACGAUGCAGUGAUGUUCUGAUGUUGAAAUGCUACAUGUAGCACUUUUAAUGCAGUUCUGACUGUUGAUGGAAUUUUGUUUUUCAAUAAAAUGUUCUGCAGUAUUUGACUAAAUAUUGAUCAGUUCCAUAUUUAAUGGAAACAAAAACCUAAAGGUGCUAAACUGCAAAUGAAGUCCAAUUUAAGAAAGCUUUAUUUGGAGUGUAACAUUUCAUUAUAUAACCUUCACAGCACCUGUGACAUAUUUCUGUAAUUCUGCAAAAAGCAAAGAAAAGGAUGAAAUACAGUAAAAUUGCAAUAAUCAUGAAUAUACAUAAGGAUUGAAAGACCACUUUAGGGACAGUGAUGCUGGGAUUUUAUGAACUGUUACUUUUUCUUAUUACUUUUUCCUCUGUCAUCUCUCCGUCGCUGGUGGAUGAGUUUAAUUACCUGGGGUAAACCCUUCAAAGCAACAGACGGAGUGCCAGCAGGGUGGAGCAGUUGGAGACGAGUGUCAAGGGUGAUUUGUGACAGAAGGAUUGAAAAAACUACACUGAAGUUGGUUGUGCUAACUUACAUUACAUCUGAUGUGGCGUACACAUUCAAACAUGAAGUCUAAAGGGUUUAUUUAUGACAAUGAUGCUGAUUUGCGAGGGUUAUUAGAUGGAGGGUGGGUGGAUGAACAUACACUCAAGUGAGGAAACAUUCAUUGAAACUAUGAUGUGCAGGGCAGCACCAGUCAUACUGUAACAAACCAGAUAUGAAGACCAUAACAACAUGGUCAGUUUAAAUCCAGAGGACGAGCUUUAUCACGACUCCGACAGCAGAUUUCGGGAAAUGAUCAUCCUCAUCACUUCAUUGGUUCCU